AUGGUUGAAUCAUCCGUUCUCGGUUUCCCACGUAUUGGUGCCCUCAGAGAGUUGAAGAAGGCUACCGAGGCCUAUUGGUCCGGUAAGGUCGACAAGGCCCACCUCUUCAAGGUUGGUCAGGAGAUCAGAGAGAAGAACUGGAAGUUGCAGAAGGCUGCUGGUGUUGACAUCAUACCUUCUAACGACUUCUCUUUCUACGACCAGGUUUUGGACCUUUCGUUGUUGUUCAACGUGAUUCCAGACCGUUACACCAAGUACGAUCUCGAGUCGAUCGACGUUUUGUUCGCCAUGGGUAGAGGUUUGCAGAGACCAGCCACUGAGACUGCCAAGGCCGUUGACGUUACUGCUUUGGAGAUGGUGAAGUGGUUUGACUCCAACUACCACUACGUGAGACCUACCUUCUCGCACUCCACUGAGUUCAAGCUCAACGGAGCCAAGCCAGUGGACGAAUACCUUGAGGCCAAGGCCCUCGGAAUUGAGACCAGACCAGUUGUUGUCGGUCCAGUCUCGUACUUGUACCUCGGUAAGGCUGACAAGGACUCGCUGGAUCUCGAGCCAAUCACCUUGCUCGAGAAGAUCCUGCCAGUCUACGUUGAGUUGCUGCAGAAGCUUGCUGCUGCCGGUGCCACCUCCGUCCAAAUUGACGAGCCUGUUCUCGUUUUGGACUUGCCAGAGAACAUCAAGGCCGCCUACAAGACCGCCUACGAGACCCUGGCUGCUGCCUCCGGUCUUCCAAAGUUGGUCCUCACUACCUACUUCGGUGACGUGAGACCUAACCUCGAGGCCAUCAAGGGUUUGCCAGUCUCUGGUUUCCACUUUGACUUCGUCAGAGUUCCAGAGCAGCUUGAUGCUGUUGUUGAGAUCUUAACUCCAGAACAGACUCUUUCUGUUGGUGUUAUUGACGGUAGAAACAUCUGGAAGGCUGACUUUGCCAAGGCCAUCGCCUUUGUCGAGUCUGCCAUUUCCAAGGUGGGCAAGGACAGAGUUGUUGUCGCCACUUCUUCUUCCCUGUUGCACACUCCUGUUGACCUUGAGAACGAGAAGAAGCUCGAUGCCGAAAUCAAGUCGUACUUCUCCUUUGCUACCCAGAAGGUUGCCGAGGUUGUGACUGUUGCCAAGGCCAUCUCCGGUGAGGACGUCUCUGCUGCCCUCGAGGCCAAUGCCGCCUCCAUCAAGGCCAGAGCCGAAUCCACCAUCUUGAACAAUGCUGAUGUUCAGGCCAAGGUUGCUGCCAUUGACGAGUCCCUUUCCACCAGAAAGGCUCCUUUCCCAGAGAGACUUACCGUGCAGAAGGCCAAGUUCAACUUGCCUCUGUUCCCAACUACCACUAUUGGUUCUUUCCCUCAAACCAAGGACAUCCGUAUCAACAGAAACAAGUUCGCCAAGGGUGAGAUUACCGAGGCUGAAUACGACAAGUUCAUCGAAUCCGAGAUUGAGAAGGUUGUUAGAUUCCAGGAGGAGAUCGGCCUCGACGUCUUGGUGCACGGUGAGCCAGAGAGAAACGAUAUGGUUCAAUACUUUGGUGAGCAGUUGAAGGGUUACGCUUUCACCACCAACGGUUGGGUCCAGUCGUACGGUUCCAGAUACGUCAGACCACCAAUCGUUGUGGGUGAUGUUUCCAGACCAGCUGCCAUGACCGUCAAGGAGUCUGUGUACGCUCAGUCCAUCACCAAGAAGCCAAUGAAGGGUAUGUUGACCGGUCCAAUCACCUGUCUCAGAUGGUCUUUCCCAAGAAACGACAUCCCACAGAAGACCCAGGCCCUCCAAUUGGCCUUGGCCUUGAGAGAGGAAGUUCAAGACCUCGAGAAGGCUGGUGUCACCGUCAUCCAGGUUGACGAGCCAGCUCUUAGAGAAGGUCUUCCACUCAGAGCCGGUAAGGACAGAUCCGAGUACCUCGAGUGGGCCGCUGAGUCUUUCAGAGUUGCCACUUCCGGUGUCGAGAACUCCACUCAAAUUCACUCGCACUUCUGCUACUCCGACUUGGACCCUAACCACAUCAAGGCUUUGGACGCCGAUGUCGUUUCCAUCGAGUUUUCCAAGAAGGACGACCCCAACUACAUCCAAGAGUUCUCUGAGUACCCUAACCACAUUGGUCUCGGUCUCUUCGACAUUCACUCCCCUCGUAUUCCAUCCAAGGAGGAGUUCAUCGCUAGAAUUGGUGACAUCUUGAAGGUGUACUCGGCUGACAAGUUCUGGGUUAACCCAGACUGUGGUUUGAAGACCAGAGGCUGGGAGGAGGUUAGAGCCUCCUUGACCAACAUGGUUGAUGCUGCCAAAUUCUACCGUGAGAAGCACUCUUCUUAG